AAGAACACUACUACUACUACUUAGGCACUGUGUUAGCAUUUAGCAGCAUCUAAUCAGCCAAUUAGGCGCCAGUUAAGUAGUUUGGCAAGAGACAACCGUGAUGGCAAAUACAAGGAUCCCAUUGGCAGUGCUAGUUCUCGCGGUCGUUGUCUUCUCCGGCGCCGGCGCGGCGGCGCAGAAGGCGAGCGGCGUGGCGGCGACGUACAACCUGUACAACCCGGAGAAGAUCAACUGGGACCUGCGCACGGCGGGCGUCUACUGCGCGACGUGGGACGCCGACAUGCCGCUGGCGUGGCGGCAGAGGUACGGCUGGACGGCGUUCUGCGGGCCCGCCGGGGCCCACGGCGAGGCCGCCUGCGGGAGGUGCCUCCAGGUGACGAACUCGGCCACGGGGGCGCGGACCACGGCCAGGGUCGUGGACCAGUGCGACAAUGGCGGCCUUGAUCUUGACAUCGCCGUGUUCCGGCAGAUCGACACUGAUGGACACGGCCUCGGCAACGGGCACCUUGUUGUCGACUACCAGUUCGUCGGCUGCCAGGACUGACAACCGGCCCGCAGCUAGCCGAGAUGGAUUUUUGGUCCUCCGUGCCAAAAAUAAAUAAGUGAUGCGUGCAGUGCACAGCUGUUGAAGAUACAGCACAGACUUGAUAAUAAGUCCAGGAGACAUCCAUUCACACCCGAGUGACUCGACACUCCGGUCAUCACAUGUUUAGAAUCUUAUACGACUACAAAACUUGGUACAUUUCUUUGUACCAGCUAAAUACUAUAGCAUGUACUAUGUUGCUAUAUAUACAAUUGAAGUCUUGAAGAUAUGUAUUGUAUGUUUAAAUUCUUGUGUCCAUAUGUUUCACAAUUUUGUGCUAUAUAUGUAACAAGAUGACGUAUCA